AUGUCUGCACAUCCAGAUAGAGCUCGCCCGGAGCCUAAUCGGCGUUCCUCCACGGCUCCAAAACGCACGUCUAUGCUCCCCAAGCCCUCCUCGGUCUUCCUAGAUUCAUCCGUCCUUAUCGCUCAACACGCCCAACUCACCGGCACACAACCCAUAACAAUUGGCCCAAACACCGUCUUGCACCCGCACUGCAAGCUCAGCAGCGCAUUGGCGCCUGUUGUUCUUGGUGAGGGUUGUGUCGUCUUCGAGCGGGCAAAAGUUGGUGUGGGAAUGAGUGCUGAGCUCGAUGCUGCAAGCCGGCGGAGCAGCGUGGCGCCGGUACGCAUUGUUGCAAAUGCAAGGGAGUCUAUGCGAAGCGAGGGCACUUUUCUGGGGAAAAACGUUGUUGUGGAGUCGAACGCAAUCGUUGAGGCUGCCGAGGUUGGCGAGGGUAGUGUGAUUGAGGUGGGUGCUGUAGUUGGGAGGGGUAGUAUCAUUGGAAAGUACUGCACUAUCUCCUCGUCGUCGUAUCUACCUCCGAAUACACGUUUACCAGAUUAUACCGUCGUCUUCAGCGGGUCGCGGCAGCGGAUUGACAGAACACUGCAGUUACGCCCUGAGAUACUGGACGCGAAGAUGGCAGUUCAUGCGAAGCAGUUGGAUAUGUUUAAGAAAUUGAUACCGAACAACAUUGCGAAGUGGGCGUAA